AUAUAUCRAAUUUGAAAUGGGGAACCGUCUGUGAUGACUACUGGGAUGUGAAUGACGCCAAAGUUGCAUGUAGACAACUUGGAUUYACCAAACCUAUAGGAAUUUGGCGCCUUGRACGAGGGACGGGACCAGUCUGGCUAGAUAAYGUGGCAURUACAGGUACAGAGRCCUCACUUCCGUCCUGUCGUCACAAUGGAUGGGGAAUCCAUAACUGUGGCAGCCACACUGAKGAUGCUGGUGUUGUCUUUUUUGGUUAUGCCUGUGAUACACAUUUUAUACCAGAUUUUUUUAGCUCUACCAAUCUCUCGAAUAGUCAAUGGGGAACGGUCUGUGAUGAUAACUGGCGUAUGGAAGAUGCCAAAGUUGCAUGUCGCCAACUUGGUUUCACAAAAGCUUUAGGACUUUGGUGGUAUGGAAGAGGGAAGGGACCGGUCUGGCUAGAUGAAAUGGCAUGUACAGGUACAGAGCCCUCACUUCAAAGCUGUUCUCACAGAGGAUGGGGAGUUGUUAGCUCUAACUGCGACCACACUCAGGAUGCUGRUGGAACAGUGUGUCAAGAUGACUGRGCCAUGGAGGAAUGCARGGUUGCUUGUCGACAACUUGGUUUCACCAAAGUUGUGGGUCAAUGGGGAACAGUGUGUCAUGAUSGCUGGUAURUGGAGGAAGCCAAAGUUGCUUGUCGACAACUUGGUUUUACCAAAACUAUAGGRGUUUGGCACUAUGGACGAGGAAAGGGACCAGUCUGGCUAGAUAACAUGGCAUGUACWGGUACAGAGACCUCACUUCAGGCCUGUCGUCACRAUGGAUGGGGARUYCAUAACUGUGGCAGCCACACUGAUGAUGCUGGUGUUKUGUUUUUUGGUUAUGSCUGUGAUACACWUUCUAUACUAGAUUUUKUAUUAGGAACAUUCACGCAUAAUGUUACCGCUUGYUUGCAGUUAGACUUUUUGAUGCUAUUCAAUACCGCUUCUUUCGGUACAUAUAAAAAUUGCUGGUAUAUUAGAUUUUCGUUUACACCUCCAAUCAACUCUACCAAUCUCUCGAAUAGUCAAUGGGGAACGGUCUGUGAUGAUAACUGGCGUAUGGAGGAUGCCAAAGUUGCAUGUCGCCAACUUGGUUUCACCAAAGCUUUARGACUUUGGUGGUAUGGAAGAGGGAAGGGACCGGUCUGGCUAGAUGAAAUGGCAUGUACAGGUACAGAGCCCWCRCUUCAAAGCUGUUCUCACAGAGGAUGGGGAGUUGUUAGCUCUAACUGCGACCACACUCAGGAUGCUGGUGCGAUAUGGGUUUAA